AUGUCUUCAGGUCAAAGUGUUGGUCCUCCACCAGUUCCACCCUCCGCUGUACCAGGCAGUGUGAGGCUGGUGAAUGGUGGAAGUCGCUGUGCUGGGAGAGUGGAGGUUCUUCAGGAUGGUCAGUGGGGAACAGUGUGUGGUGAUGACUGGGAUCUGGACGAUGCUGCAGUGGUGUGUGGAGAGCUGGGCUGUGGGGAGCCUGUAAAUGCAACACAAAACACUUACUUUGGGCGAGGAUCCGGACCAAUCUGGAUGGUUGAUGUGUCCUGUAGAGGAUCAGAGUCGACACUGAAGAACUGUACAUCAGCAGGGUUGGGGAAACGUUACUGUGAUCAUGGUGAAGAUGCUGGAGUCACCUGCUCAGAUGGUGUGAGGUUGGUGAAUGGUGGAAGUCGCUGUGCUGGGAGAGUGGAGGUUCUUCAGGAUGGUCGGUGGGGAAGAGUGUGUAGUUCUGCCUGGGAUGUGAAAGAUGCUGCAGUGGUGUGUAGAGAGCUGCGCUGUGGGGAGCCUGUAGACCUGUGAGAUUGGGCUGAUUUUGGACGAGGAUCAGGACCAAUCUGGAUACACGAUUUGUACUGCAGAGGAUCAGAGUCAACACUGAACAACUGUAGCUCACAAGAGGGACAUGCCUGUGGUCAUGUUAGUGAUGCUGGAGUCAUCUGUUCAGAUGGCGUGAAGUUGGUGAAUGGUGGAAGUCGCUGUGCUGGGAGAGUGGAGGUUCUUCAGGAUGGUCAGUGGGGAACAGUGUGUGGUGUUGGCUGGGAUCUGGACGAUGCUGCAGUGGUGUGUGGAGAGCUGGGCUGUGGGGGGCCUGGAGAUGCACCACAAAACAGUGACUUUGGAGAGGGAUCAGGACCAAUCUGGCUGGUUGGUGUGCAGUGUAGAGGAUCAGAGUCGACACUGAAGAACUGUAGAUCAGAUGGGAGGGGGGAUUACUGUGGUCACGGUCGGGAUGCUGGAGUCACCUGUUCAGGCAGUGUGAGGCUGGUGAAUGGUGGAAGUCGCUGUGCUGGGAGAGUGGAGGUUCUUCAGGAUGGUCAGUGGGGAACAGUGUGUCAUAAUGACUGGGAUAUGAGAGAAGCUGCAGUUGUGUGUAGAGAGCUGCGCUGUGGGGAGCCUGUAAAUGUUCGGUAUUUUGCUCACUUUGGACGAGGAUCCGGACCAAUCUGGAUGAAUGCUGUGAAGUGUAGAGGAUCAGAGUCGACACUGAAGAACUGUACAUCAAGAGAGUUGGGGAAAAAUAACUGUAAUCAUGGUGCAGAUGCUGGAGUCACCUGCUCAGACGGUGUGAGGUUGGUGAAUGGUGGAAGUCGCUGUGCUGGAAGAGUGGAGGUUCUUCAGGAUGGUCAGUGGGGAACAGUGUGUGGUUCUGCUUGGGAUGUGAAAGAUGCUGCAGUGGUGUGUAGAGAGCUGCGCUGUGGGGAGCCUGUAGAUCUGCGGUAUUGGGCUGAGUUUGGAGAAGGAUCAGGACCAAUCUGGAUACACGAUUUGUACUGCAGAGGAUCAGAGUCAACACUGAACAACUGUAGCUCACAAGGGGAACAUGCCUGUGAACAUGGUGAUGAUGCUGGAGUCGUCUGUUCAGGUAAACUGUUGUACUUACUCUCUGCUGGUCCUCACCGGUGCUCUGGGAGAGUGGAGGUGUUUCAUGGACGUUCCUGGUCCACAGUGUGUGAUGCUGACUUUGACCAGCAGGAUGCAGAGGUUGUGUGCAGAGAGCUGGGCUGUGGGAUUCCUGUGGAGGUGCUGGGAUCAGCUGCUUUUGGCCGAGGGGAGGGUCAGGUGUGGACAGAGGAGCUUCAGUGUAGAGGAAACGAAUCUGAGAUUUACUUCUGUCCAACAUCAUCUUCACUCAAACACUCAACCUGCUCCCAUGACAACGAUGUGGGAUUAAAAUGUUCUGCUCACACAGGGACGCGGCUGGUGAAUGGACCGGACUCCUGUUCUGGUCGAGUGGAGCUUCAGUACCUCAGUGAGUGGGGCACAGUUUGUGCUGUAAGCUGGGAUAUGAGAGCUGCAGAUAUUCUCUGUGCACAGCUGGAUUGUGGGAGUGCUGUGGCUGUGGUGGAGGUCGAAUGGUUUGGGGAGGGGCGUGACCCCAUCUGGGCUGAUGUGUUUGAUUGUCAGGGGAAUGAGACACACCUCUCACAAUGUGGCGUCUCAUCAUGGAGUCGAGCUGCAUGCUCUCAUCAAAACGAUGCUGGAGUCAUCUGUAAUGGAUCAUCCGUGGCGCUUCAUGAGGGGCGAGUGCGGUUGUCUGGAGGGAGCGAAUGUCAGGGGGAGGUGGAGAUUUAUUUCAGGCAGGACUGGAGGAGAGUUCUCCUGGACUCGUGGAGUCUGUCUGAGGCGUCUGUGCUCUGCAGACAGCUGGGCUGUGGCUCCGUGCUGAACUACCGCUCCUCUCCAUCCACCACUGAACACAAACACAUGUGUGUAACGGGUUUCAGCUGCUCUGGGACUGAAGCUCAUCUGGGGAACUGCAGCAGAGCACAAAAUGUCAACUGCAGCUCCGGGGAACAGCUGUACAUCACCUGCUCAGGUAUCUUUGACUCCGCCCACAGCUCCAUCAGGCUGGUUGGUUCUGGUGGAGACUGUGCAGGAAGGCUGGAGGUUUUCCACAGCGGCUCGUGGGGGACCGUGUGUGAUGACUCGUGGGCUAUUGAGGAUGCGCAGGUGGUGUGCAGACAGCUGCAGUGUGGAGAGGCCCUCAGUACCCACAUACCAGCCUGGUUUGGUCCUGGAACUGGGUCCAUAUGGCUGAAUGAGGUGGAGUGUGAGGGGAACGAGACAUCCCUGUGGAACUGCAGAUUUCAGCGGUGUGAAGAGGGUGAAUGUGGACACCAGGAGGACGUAGGAGUCGUGUGCUCAGAGUUUAAAGAGAUCCGACUCACGGAGGGCUGUGAGGGGAAUCUGGAAGUGUUCUACAAUGGAACCUGGGGUAAUGUGUGUCACAAUCAGAUGGAUGAUGAGACAGUAAACAUGGUGUGUCGAGAGCUGAACUGUGGAAGACAUGGCAGUCUGUCAAACACUGCAGCGAGAGUAAAAUCUGCUCCGAACUGGCUGGAUCAUCUGAAGUGUAGGAAACAUGACUCUAAUCUGUGGCAGUGUCCAUCUUCACCCUGGGGACAGAACCGCUGUGAUAAUGAUAAUGAGGUGGUUCAUAUUACCUGUACAGGUGGGUGGAUUCAGACUUUUCUGCUUCUGUCCAUUGCCAUAAACUGCAGUUGCUCUUCAUUUCCCUCUCAGAAACAUUGCUCAAAGCGCUGGUCUCUCAGGCUGAGGGGAGAUAAUGGAAGCUGCUCUGGGAGGUUGGAGGUGUAUCAUAACGCUACGUGGGGCUCCAUUUGUGAUGAUCAGUGGAACAUCAGGAACGCUCAGGUGGUGUGCAGACAGCUGGGCUGUGGGUCGGUGCUGAGAGCUGAGAGGAAUGUUCCUGGUUCUGGUGAAGGGACGAUCUGGCUGAACAGAGUGAAGUGUCGAGGGGAUGAGAUUCACCUGUGGGACUGUCAUCAUUCCCUGAAGAACCACACUGACUGCUCUCAUGCUGGAGUCACCUGUGCAGACAUAUCCACUGUGUCCACGGCGACACCCACCACCACAUCAGGUCUGUAUAUUUGUUCCAGUACAAUAAUUGCUACUGUUCAAGCCACUCAAACUCCUCCAUCAGCUGGAGCUCCAUCCAGCCCUCCACUGGUUCUCUUUGUGUUGGGAACGCUGCUCUUCCUGGCCUUAGUGCUUCUGCUGCUCCUGUUUUACCAGAACAGAGCGCUCAGGAGAGGUGUCUCUAAGACGAGGCGUAAGACUCUGCCUGAGGCAGUCUAUGAGGAGAUCAACCACAGAUCCAUCACUAGAAGAAGCAGGAGCUCCACUCAAAGAGGAAGUCUCCUCUCUGAAGAACAGCAUUCUGGGUAUGAGCAUGUGGAUGAUGAGCUUCUCUCAGUCAAGUCUGGGAUUGGAGAAAAGGCGGAGUAUUAUGAUGAUGUCAUCGACACCAGUGACUUCAAAAGUGAUACAGGAAGAGUCGAGCCACCAGAGGACUACGAUGAUGCCAUCACUGCUGGACCGAUCCCUGAUAACGUGGAGGAGGAUGAAGCAGAGAAUUAUGAUGACGCCAUUCCAGCUGAUCAGAAGUCAGUUUUACUGACAGAGGACGUGUCCGAGAACUACGAUGAUGAGGUUACCAUGGAAACAAACCCAAACAUCGUCACAGGAGACGGUCCAGAAGAUUAUGAUGAUGUCAUCACUGAGGAACAGGAUGGAGGAGAGACAGAAAGGAAGCACAUCAAAAUCAGCUCAGACAACGCAGCCGGCAUCCUGAGGGGACCCACUCAGAUGCAGGGACCUGGACAUGUGAAGGGUCCUGAAGAAUCCUGCUCACUGAGUUUACCAUCUGCUGCUCACACAGUGUUGAGAGUGACCUGUGGGGGCAAUAAUUUUAGAGCACACCUUGACUGUGCUCUGCAGGCAGUUUUUGUACUGAAGGCUAAGGGAGUGGAACCAGCAGGUUAUGGAAAACGACAUUCUACUCUCAAUGAAGGAGUGGUAGAAAGUAGUCAGAAUGUCCUUGCUGACCUCAAAGGACUUAAGCUUCCUCAGGCGGUACUGUCACUGUUGGCACUUUCUGAGGAUCUCCACUGUGUUGGAGGCAAAUCUGAGUUUAUUAUCAAAGGUUUUGCCCAAGUACUUGUACUCCUCAACCAUCUCCACCACCUUCCCAUGAAUGUUGGUGAUGAUGGCAGCAUUAUACUCGAUGCAGCAUUAUACUUGUUGCAGGCAUUAUACUCGAUGCAGGCAUUAAUUGGCAGCCAGUGUCGCCUCUUCAAGGACAUUGGUGACGUCUUCACCAUGUUGAGGUCAUGCUACAUCUAUGGCAGCUGA